CAGGGGGCGGGCGCGCCUGCUGGCUGCCUUGCUUUGAGCCAGCCGCGCCGCGGGGAGUGCGAGGCUGGGAGACAGAGGAAGCGAAAGCAGCAGAAGCAGCAGCAGCAGGGCGAAAGCCAGGGAAGGGAACCGCUCUGCCGCGCCCCGUAACAGCUUCUUUUGCUGAAGAUGUCUAAUAAUGGUGUUGAAGCCGAAGACAAGCCUCCAGCCCCUCCAAUGAGAAAUACCAGCACUAUGAUUGGAUCUGGAAGCAAAGACAUUGGGACUUUAAACCAUGGCUCAAAACCUUUGCCUCCCAACCCUGAAGAAAAGAAAAAGAGAGACCGAUUUUACCGAUCUAUAUUGCCAGGAGAUAAAACCAAUAAAAAGAAGGAGAAAGAACGCCCAGAAAUUUCCCUCCCUUCAGAUUUUGAACACACAAUUCAUGUUGGAUUUGAUGCUGUCACAGGAGAAUUCACGGGUAUGCCAGAGCAGUGGGCUCGGUUAUUGCAGACUUCCAACAUCACCAAAUCGGAGCAGAAGAAAAAUCCUCAGGCCGUGCUCGACGUGCUAGAAUUCUACAAUUCCAAAAAGACCUCCAACAGUCAGAAGUACAUGAGUUUCACAGAUAAAUCUGCAGAGGAGUACAGUUCAUCAAAUACAUUGGCUACCCAAAAUGUGGCUAAGCAGUGA